UUACCUCGAUCGAAUUACUUCCUGCCGAAUUCAAUUACUUAUAUGUAGCUCUAAAGAUGACUCUUUACAAGUUUUUAUUAUUUUGUGGUAUAUUCAUGGUACAAUCUUACCAUGCAAUGUGUUGCACUAAUAAUACAGACUGCCCUAACCCAACGACAGGCAUGGCAGCUUCCAUCUUCCAUGAUGCAUUAAACUUUUUUCAAAAAGAUGAAUGCAACAUUAACACUGAUGUUAAUCCCAAAUCAGAUGUAAAUGAUCAAGAUGAAUUUGAUUUUAUAAUUGUUGGUGCUGGAACAGCUGGGUGUGUUGUAGCAAGACGUCUUGUAGACCAAAAUUAUAACGUAUUGCUCCUUGAAGCUGGACCAGAGCCACCCGUAGAAGCAAAGAUUCCUAAUUUGGAUAAAUCCAUGUAUAUGACAAAAUAUGAUUGGCAGUAUUACACUGUUGACAAUGGCCUAACAAGUCAAGCACUAGUAGGUGGAAGUACUUACUGGCCACGUGGAAAAAUGCUUGGUGGCAGCCAUCAAAUAAACUUGAUGUUUUAUUACAAGGGAGUAGCACAUGACUAUGAAUCUUGGGAAGAUCUUGGUAACAACAAUUGGAGUGAAGAAAUUAUCAAUAAGUUUUUUAAAAAAGCAGAGAGCUUACAGAGUGAAAAACUAUUAAAUAAUGAUGAAAUAAAAAAUAGUUAUGGCCAUGAUGGUCUUCAAGUCAUAAAUACAGUAAAUUUUACAUCCAGUAAUAUUAUUGACAAAAUACUCGAGUCAUUUCAAGAAAUGGGAAUAGAAAAUAAAGAAGACUUAAAUACUGCAAAUUUAAGCGGUUCGGGUAGAGGUACAGUGACUGCUGCAAAUGGAAUGAGAACAACAACAUACGCCAUGUAUGUGGAGCCAAUAAUAUCAAGACAAAAUUUGAAAGUGAUAAAUCAAGCAUACGUGACAAAGAUAUUAAUUGAUGAUGAUUUGAAAACUUAUGGUGUUGAAGUUGAUAUUGAUGGAAAAAAUAUGACUUUUAAUGCUAAAUUUGAAGUUAUUUUAAGUGCGGGUGCAAUAAAUACACCACAUUUGCUAAUGCUUUCAGGUGUAGGUGACAAAAAACAUUUAGAGUCAAAUAAUAUUGAAUGUAAAGUCCACCUGCCAGCAGUCGGUCAAAACUUACAGGACCAUGCGGCGGUUUCGAUCCCUAUUAUGCUGGAUCCACAAAACUCCACAUCAGAAAGAGACGCUAACUUUGAUGUCAUUAAAUACUUAUACAACCGUACUGGAUACCUAGCACAGUUAAGCGUUACAGAUAUAAGUGCGUUUUAUUCAAAAACUCAAAAUCUCUCGUACCCAGAAUUUCAAAACUUGCUUGCUAUAUUUAACACUCCAUCGGAACUUGAAAUGUUUCUCAACGUUUUAAAAUAUAAAGAAAGGGUGAUAAAUUCAUUAAAACAGCAGGCUCAAAAUCAUUCAACUUACGUAUUUGAAGUAGCUUUACUUCAUCCUCUGUCCCGCGGAUCAAUCGUAUUAAAUUCUUCAAAUCCUUAUGAGUACCCUUUAAUCGACUCUAAUUAUUUUGGAGAAUUGAAAGAUUUGGAGCUAAUUACUGAAGGGAUUCAAAUAUUAACCAAAAUAAUAGAUACGGACUAUUUCAAGUCUAAUAAUGCAUUUAUAGCAAGGUUGGAAUGGCCUGAUUGUGAUCAAUUUGAAUUAAAUAGUGGAGAUUAUUGGAAAUGUGUAGCAAAGAAUACAGUUACUACAUUAUAUCAUCCUGCUGGUACUGCAAGUAUGGGCCCCGACCCAAAACAAUUUGUGGUUGAUGAUCGACUACGAGUUCAUUUUAUGAAAAACUUAAGAAUAAUAGAUGCAAGUAUAAUACCAAAUAUCACCAGCUGUAAUACAAAUGGACCCACUUUAAUGAUUGCUGAAAGAGGCUCUGCUCUGGUAAUAGAAGAUCACUCGUAAUAUCAGAAUAGAUGAUUUUUUUUAUACAAAACAAAUCUUAUCAAUUACAUUUACAAUACAAUAGAUAUAUUAAAUUAAAACUACUAGCCACCAGAGUCAUUCCGGCAGGAAAUAUAUAUUAUGAAUAUAUUAAAAUUUAAUUUAAUUUCUCUACUUUUCCCUAUUUUAAUUAAAUGUACUCAUUUUAAAUUAAUUAAAAACCACCCAUGGAACUCCUAACAUCAUAAUAAUCUAAAAUAACCUCUUAAGUACUACAACUUUAAAAAAGCCAAUUAUAAUAAUAUAAUUGAUCAGAAACACAUAAUCGGUUAUAGCAGUUGGUGUGACAGAGGACAAUAUGUAAAUUAUUUUAGGUCAAAUAAAAGACAAUAAAACAUCCUGAUAGUGGUGGUAGUUUACGCACUAGAUCCGGAUUCCGUCAUCCGAUUUCUUUCCUUUAAUCGUAGAAAUAGUUCUACGACUACUUCGGACCGUGUUUUCACAGAUACGGUUCGGACUCUGAUCGGACGUAGUGAGAAAGCGCUCUGAAACCCACGCGAGGAAGACGAAAUUUUAAUUAAGUAUUUAAUCAUUAAUAACUUUUAUGAAUCAUAUUAUUGUGUUAUUAUAUAGAGUUAAUUGUAUUAAGACUUUAUAGCUCGUGUUUUAAAUAAAUAACGUGUAUUUA